CCAGGGUGCACUGCGGUCCCGCCGCCUCUCUCCGCCCCGCCUCCCCCCCUGGCCGGGAGUGCGCAUGUGCAGGCGGACCACCGUGGCAACAUGGCGCUGCGCAGGGCCGGGAGUCCUCCAGCCGCUGGUUUCUUGCUGCUGGCGCUGUUGUCCAUGUGCCUCAGGGCAGCCAAAGUAUCUCCACUGAUUGAAAAAAUUGAUGACCAAAAAGUGCUGAAGAAGCUUACACGAACAAGAAACAAUGUAUUGAUCCUGUACUCCAAAUCAGCUGCUGCUGCUGAACGACCACUUAAGCUGCUCUCUGACGUGGCAGAAGCAGUGAAAGGGCAGGGCACCAUUGCCUGGGUAGAUUGUGGGAACAGCGAAAGCAGAAAGUUGUGCAAGAAGGUGAAGGUGGAUCCAGCUUCAAAGAAAAACGGUGUUGAAUUGUUGCAUUACAAGGAUGGUGCUUUCCACGUUGAAUAUGAAAGACCUGAAACAUUCAAGUCAAUGGUGGCAUUUAUGAGGGAUCCUGAGGGCGCUCCACUGUGGGAAGAGAAUCCUGAGGCAAAGGAUGUGGUUCACAUCGACAGUGAGAAGGAAUUCAGGAAAUUAAUAAAGAAGGAGGAACGACCAAUUCUCAUGAUAUUCUAUGCACCAUGGUGUGGGGUAUGCAAGCGGAUGAUGCCAGCCUUUGAGCAAGCUGCCACAGAGUUGAAGGGCGCCUAUGUAAUGGCCGGAAUGAAUGUCCAUCCAACUGAAUUUGAUGAAAUCAAACAGGAAUUUAAUGUUAAAGGAUAUCCAACUUUCUGUUACUUUGAGAAGGGGAAGUUCCUAUUUAAUUUUGAAAACUACGGAGCUACAGCCCAAGAUUUUGUGGAAUGGAUGAAAAACCCGCAGGCUCCGCAACCAAAGGCCCCAGAGGUCUCGUGGGCAGAGCAAGACUCCACAGUGUUCCAUUUGACAGACGAUAGCUUCGAUGAGUUCUUGAAGGAACAUUCAUCGGUGCUUGUCAUGUUUUACGCCCCCUGGUGUGGACAUUGUAAAAAGAUGAAGCCAGACUACGAAGAAGCUGCUGAAUUGUUAAAUAACGACAGUAAUAGCCCAGGUGUGCUGGCAGCAGUUGAUGUAACAGCUCACAAGAACUUGGGAGAAAAGUAUCAAAUCACUGGGUUCCCAACAGUCAAGUACUUUGAAAAUACAGAAGAGAAGUGGACACUUCCGCAUCUGCGGACCAAGGACAAAAUCAUUGAAUGGCUACACAAUCCACAAGCUCCUCCACCGCCCGAACUGUCUUGGGAUGAACAGCAGACCAGUGUCACCCAUCUCGGUGUUGAAGAUUUUAAAGAGUUCCUAAAGAAAAAGAAACAAGCUUUGGUCAUGUUCUAUGCCCCUUGGUGCCCUCACUGUAAGAACACUAUUCCGCAUUUCACAACAGCUGCCGACCACUUUAAAGAGGAACGAAAGGUUGCCUUUGCUGCAGUCGACUGCACGAAAGGAACGAAUCAUGAGUUAUGCAAACAGGAAGGUGUGGAGGGCUACCCUAUGAUCAGUUAUUACAACUAUGGCAAGUUCACGGAGAGAUACAGUGCAGAACGAUCGGAAGAUGGUUUCAUCAGUUACAUCAGGCGAAUGAAGGGGCAAGACCAUGAGAAGACUGUGAAGACAAGGGAGGAGUUGUAACCUUGCGCACCUCGCUUGCCACUGCACUGUGACAGAGCCCUGUUUCCAUCACUACUGUACUGAAACUUCACACUUUCCAAGGACUGAGGGUUUUAAAAAAUGAAGAGUUAGCAAUUUACAAAAAAUAACAGUGGAUCAUUUGCAGUUCUUUUUUUUUAAAAAAGAGCAGCAUGGUGCUGGGAGAAAAGUAUAAUUAGAAUUUGAAUGUCACAUUACCCGCUCGUGUUCAAGUACAAAGUUCGUGACUAGUGACCAACUGGUAUAAUUUGUCCUGUGCCAAUAUUACCAAUGCCAGACUUACACCCCUGCUGUCUGCAAGAUCCUAGUUAUAGGAUACUUCUUAAGAGGAUACAAAAAGGGGUUCAAUAAAUGCAGGAGAAAGCCAUUCCUUCAAACAGUUUGAAGACACGUGUGCAGAAUGUGGAACCAGGCUAAAGUAUCCAUCUGCCUUAUUAAACUCAGCUAGAAUGGGCCGUUCUUGCAUACCAACAAGGAAGCAUUACAUCUGGACUGCAUCAGUCGAUCUCUAGCUCGUGUUCUAUGCAAAUGUUUUGUAGCUGCGGGUUUUCUACAAUAAGGUCCAUAAAUUCGCGUGAGGUUGUCUAAGGUUGCUGGGUUUUCAUUUGGAGGGUGGGGGUUAGGUUCUGGGGUGGGAUCAGAAGCAGUUACAAGUUUUAAUCAAAUUGCUCAGGGAUGACAGAAGAAAGGUCCAAAUGCAGCAAGUUAGACGUGAUUAUGAUUGAGUUCCAUGAUUCUUUGUGGUGUUGGGAUUACUUGCAACAAAUUUGGUAAGUAGAAAACCAAACAAAAUGGAAAAGUUAUCAGUACAAUUUCAACCUUUGGAUAUUGGUCCAUUAAUGACCAAAUAUUUUUGGAUUGCAUGUUGAAAUAUGGAAAAUUUAACCUAUUGAAGAAGUCUAAUAAAGUGAGAUUUGUGUUUU